AUGGCGCGCAAGACUUUUACCGUUCACACAUCGCUGCUGUUCGACCCCAAGAAGAAGGCCUUUGUCGAAAAUGUGUCAAUGGAGGUCGACCGCGUGGGCGGCUCCAUCGCCCGCGUCUUCUCCCGCGACGACGACGAUGGCGACGAGAUUGCAAAGAAUGACGACGACAUCGAUCUAAGGGGCAAGGUCGUGCUGCCGGGCUUUGUCGACAGCCACGCGCACAUCUUUAUCCACAGCUACGACGAGCGGCCGGCGAGCGAGCAGAUGCGCGACGUGUCUGCCGUGGAGCGGAUCGUGAGAGCCACCAACCACGCGCGCGCCGCUCUGCUGGCCGGAUACACGACGUACCGCGACCUCGGCACAGAGGCGCUGGGCGCCGCCGACGCCAACCUGCGCGACUGCAUCAACCGCGGCAUCACGCCCGGCCCGCGGCUGUUCGUGGCCACCGAGGCCCUGGCCAGCAGCGGGUCGUACGAGACGCGCGUCGAGAACCGGUCGCUGGGCGGCCGCGGCACCGGUAUUGGCAGCGGGCUGACGGCGCCGCGCGCUUCGGAUGCCGCUGAUGGUGUCGACGGCGUGCGUGCCGCCGUGCGGAGGCGUGUUGGUGACGGCGCCGACCUAAUCAAGUUCUACGCCGACUACCGCCGUAAGAUAGGCCCGAGGGAAGACGGCGACAUCCUGUUUCCGCCGGCGCGGCGCAACCCGGCGGUGCCGUUGUUCACGCAGGAGGAGAUGGACGCCAUCGUCAGCGAGGCGAACCUGGCCGAGAUCCCCGUGGCGGCACACUGCGGCGAGACCCGGACGGCGCUGAUGGCGGCACGGGCCGGGGUGACGAGCGUGGAGCACAUCUUCGAGGACACGCACGCGGUGGCGGACGAGCUGUUCGCGGCGCUGCGGCGGGGCAACGUGCUCUGGGUGCCGACGCUGGCAGCGGCGGAGCUGCUGUCGCGGCCCAUAUUCGAGCAGGUCAAGGCGUCGGUCAAGCGGGCGCACGCCAGCGGGGUGCGGUUCGCGGCGGGCGGCGACACGGGCACCUUCAACCACGGGCUCAACGCGCGCGAGCUCGAGGUCAUGGUCGAGGCCGGCAUCCCGCUCGUCGACGUGCUCGUCGCCGCCACCGUCGGCGGCUGGGAGGCCUGCGGCGGCGACCGCUCCGGCUUUCGCUUCGGCUGGUUCGAGCACGGCAACCGCGCCGACAUCAUCGCCCUCGACGCCGACCCGCGCGACGACACCAGGGCCCUGCGCAAGGUCAGCUUCGUCAUGAAGGACGGCCAGGUCUGGAAGCACCGCGGCCAGCCCGUCGCCGACAUGGUUCCCGUGCCGCAGUGGCCGGACAGCAACGGCGGCAGCAGCGACGGGGGUGGUGCCGACAGCGACGAGUGCAUCGACGACGGCGAGCCGUGGACCAAUCUGAGUGCGGCUAGGCCGCAUAGAUUGUCCAUGUCGGUGCCGCUGCCCGUGUACCAGCCAAGAAAUGCCCCUGUCUAG